UUUCCUACAAUAAUGGUAUAUGUGAUAAACAUUCUAUUCAUCCAUUUUCUCUAAACACUGAAACAUUCUUAAUCACUAUGUCUGUCGACCCUCAAAGCCACCAAACUCUUGACUUGUACUGCAGUGAAGCAACUAGCGAUGUGAUUCACUUGGAUUCCGACGAGGCUUUGAAUUUGAAUUUGAAUACUCUAUCGGGUGAUUCUGAUUGUGAUGAAAGCUGUCUAUUGAGCUUAUUAGAAUCCGAACAUGAUCAGGUACAAGAACAAACAAAGUCACUAGGACAACUUCGGAAUAAAACAUGGUUGAUUAAUGCCAGACAAGAGGCCAUAAAUUGGAUCCUAAAGGUGCAUGCAUACUACAAUUUCAGACCCGAGACAGCAUAUCUUUCUGUAAAUUAUCUCGAUCGUUUCCUUUUGUCACACACCUUGAUGCAAGACAAAGCGUGGCCUAUUCAGCUGCUGUCCGUUGCUUGUCUUGCAUUGGCAGCAAAAAUGGAAGAAACAAAGGUGCCACUUCUUUUGGACCUUCAGGUGAUCGAGUCCAGGUUCCUAUUUAAGCCCAAAACGGUUCAGAGGAUGGAGCUUUUGGUCAUGGCCAGUCUCAAGUGGCGAUUGCGCGCUGUAACCCCUUUUGAUUUUGUCCAUCUUUUCAUUGCCAAGCUUGAAUUCUCUGUUUCCACAUUGGGAGAUUUAAGUUAUAUAGUUUCUCGCGUCUCAGAUGUUAUCAUCAGAACAUGUCAAGUCAUGGAUUUCUUAGAGUUUUCACCGUCCACAAUAGCAGCAUCUGCAUUGUUAUGGGUGACCAAUCAGUAUGUUGAUGACCAAAAAUCAUGCUGCUUCCACAAGAAUAUAAGCAUUGAGAUGGUGCAGAAAUGUUACAACUUAAUGAAGCAGAAGCAGAUCAUUCGCCGAUUAGAACUUUUUGGGCCAAAGACUUCACAUUUAUUGCCCCUAAGUCCUACUUGUGUGCUUGAUCAUGCAGCUAUGCAAGAAAGCCGCCAUACUCACAAGCCAUGACUUCAAGCCUUGUGAUGUGUGUCAUUAGCUAAGGAAGCUAUACCGUUGCUUUCAAUUUGUCUA